UAAGCGCGCAGAAGGAUUUGGGAGGGUGAUGGCAACUUAUUCCUAUUUUCUAUCAGACUCCGAGAGUGAUUUUGAAUUUCAAAUAAAAAUCGUUGAAUUGUAAGUCAAAGUUCAGAAUCUGAAGCAGCAGACUUUCCGUACGCUUGGCAUUUCAACAACGGAAACGAGCAGUCAGGGAUGAAGGUGUAUGAAAAUAAAAAAAGCGGAAAACGAUGUGGGAGCACCGAAACUGGAACUUGGAAAAAUAGGGGAUUAAAAGCACUCAAAAUAAAAAUAACUUUGAGAACAAUGGAAUGCUGUAUGUAGGCUAUAAGCCUAUACUAUUCUCGCGGCGGCGGCGUCGCGACUCUCUUUACUAGCAACAUCCCGUGUUUUCUUUCAACUGAAACCAUUUGGUAAGCGACGGCCCUUAACACUUCAUGGGGGAAAAAAAAACGGAAAAAACAACAAAACAAAACAAAAGAUGGGUAACAAUUGAGUUCGCACGCACAUCGGGAAAAGCAACCUUUUAGGAAAACAAAACAUACAUGGAAUAUACUCACGCUAAUCCCAUGAAGAAACUAAUUCUACCGACAUCAAUUGCAUUGCUGCUGUUGCCCUGCCUCUCUUUACUAUUGCUGGCGGUGACCGUGAAAGCGAAUACGCAGUAUGUCGUUCCUUGCAGUUUCAACCCUAUGUGUUCGUGCAAGAUGUCACAAUCGUCACUCAUGGUCAAAAGAGACGACUAUUUGAGGGAAAUGGAUCUGCAAAACCGAACAUCAUCCGAGUUAGCUGCGGAUGCUGGAACACAGAAAGAGAGUAGACUGGAAGAUGACAUGUCCACUGUCAUGAAGUCUGGAAGCAUGGAACAAGCAUUCGACGUGUCAUGUGUUGGCGUCCCGUUUGCAUUUUUACCAGCGUUGCCAUCUGGAAAGCUUUCCCAUGUGGACAUAGUUAGCUCUGGGCUAGAAGUCGCUGAGCUUAUCUCUCCCUCGAGGAUUUCUUCUUCCAUUACUCCCCGUAUCCAAAUCGAAUCAUUACGUCUUAUGAGCAACAAAAUCUGCCACAUUGGUGAUAAUUUAUUUAGAGGUAUGGAAGACGAUCUGAAAUCGUUGGAUCUGAGUUAUAAUGAAUUGGAUGAGAUUCCAGUUGGUCCGCUACAUACUCUGCGGGCCCUGGUGUGGGCUAAUUUUCACAGUAACCAGAUUUCGUCACUAGAAGGGCUAGGGCAAUUAUGGACUCACUUAUCGUCCAGCUUAGACGCCCUUUUUCUGGGAAACAAUGACAUUAUGGCCCUUCAAAGAUCGAAAAACAAUGAUCAAGGAUGGGACGGCUGGGGCCAUUCUCUUGCAUUGCUUCGGAAUCUUAACUGGCUCAACUUGGAUGGCAAUCAACUAACCGAUCUACCAACAGACACUUUACCACGCCAACUUCACACACUAAGUGUUGCGCAUAAUCGCAUAAUAAGGUUCCCGAGCAAGUGUGUUGAACAACUUCGUGAUUUGCGAUGGCUAGAUUUGCGCGGAAAUUUCAUCAGUGAAUUACCGAUUGACACCAUUCGUACAGAGCCGGGCUACAAGCUGCGAUUGAAAAAGUUAGAUCUAGGAGAGAACUUGAUUAGUUCCUUGCAAGGAGGAGCAAUGUUCAACCGCAGUCUUCACGUUCGCGAUCUCUACCUCGACUAUAACCGAAUACCUCGAAUACCUGAUUCGGCCUUUCGUGGUACGAACGUGAAGGGCUUGUAUCUUGCUGGGAAUGGGCUGUUUAGUAUUGACGAACGGGCGUUCCACUCAUUAUCAUCAACCCUGACACUACUAGAUUUGGAUAGGAACAAAUUGAAUACUUACCCGGCGGCGCUCGAUCAUCUGAAGAAGUUACGGUUCCUUUAUUUGGCAAAUAACCGUAUGUCUUAUUUACCUCAUGGUACUUUUGCUAGCUUCGGCUUGCAGCUAGAAGAAUUGAAUUUAGCAAGUAACAGAUUAGAAGACUUCCCAGCCACUGCGCUUCGAAAUUGUCCGAAAUUGAUUCACCUAAACCUAGCUUACAACAUGAUUGAAAAUGUAACGAAGGACAUGUUUUACGGUUGGGCAGAAAGCCUGGAAAUUCUGAAUUUGAAAGGAAACCAAAUCAAGGAAUUGCCUUCACGUCUCUUCCAACACUCAGUUAAGAUUCGCGAACUUAGCCUGUCUUUUAAUCCUCUGAAGGCUAUCAGUGAUGAUGCGUUUGUAGAUAUCGCGGAUACGCUAGAAUCACUACAACUGAACAUGGUGUUUGAGGAGGCUUUGUUCCCCGUUGAAUUGCUGAGAUCUUUACGGCAACUACGAUGGCUAUCGUUGGAAUCUAAUGGCAUCGUGUCAUUACCAACUUUAACGAUGGAUCUUGAUAAACUCCAAUACCUGAGUUUAGAGGGAAACCGGAUCGCUGCAUUAAAUAGCAAGUUUUUCAGAGGUGCAAAGCUACGUUCACUUCAAGAUGUGCGUUUAUCGCACAAUCGCAUCCACAUUCUACCUAAACAUGCUUUCCACAAUCUGGAAGCAGUCACUAACGUCGCACUAGCAAGCAAUCGCAUUCAAGUUAUUCAACAUUCUGUAUUUGAUCACCUACCAAAACUCGUAACACUGAGUUUAGCAAACAACCAAAUCGACAGACUGGAAGCCGGCGCCUUUCUACGACUUCCUAGCUUACUCAAGAUUGAUCUUCAAUCCAAUAAACUUCAAGAAUUUAGCUGGGAUGCCCUAUCAAAUUGCACUAAUGUAUUCAUGGCGGCAAGUCUCAAUCUAUCAGACAAUUUGAUCACUAGUCUCCAAUCCGGUGGAGAACUCGAGACCAACCGGCUCUAUAUAAAAUCCAUCGAUUUGAGUCAUAACAUGCUAGCGAUUUUUCCUAACACAGAUUUCCUAUCUGUAAUUGCCGUUGGUGGCUUAAAGAGACUACUACUUGGGUAUAAUAAGAUCAAAGCGCUGCCUGAUCGGAUGUUGUCUACAAGUUGCCAAAAUUUGCAAGUGCUGGAUGUGCAACACAAUCUUAUUCAAGAUGUGGGGCGAUACACCUUGACGGGCGCCACUAGCUUACAGAGCGUUGAUUUCAGCGGAAACUUGCUGGAACAGCUUCCAAUGGGCUUCUUUGCUAACCUAAGACGAUUGCGCAUUGUUAACCUCUCGAAUAACCGAAUACGUUCAAUUUCCAACGACAUCUUUGACGGAACGGUCAUCGAGACGUUAGGUAUCGCCCAUAAUUACUUGACCAAAUUCCCCAGUUCUCUGUCAUCUAUAUCUUCAACGUUAAUUAACCUGGACGUUUCACACAACCAAAUCGAUCACUUAGAUGCCGUGAUGCUAUCCUACACACCUAACCUGGUUUCCUUGAACUUGGCGCACAACAAAUUGACUUUGUUGUCCGACAAUGUUUUUUCUUACCUGAACGGACUGGUAUCUCUUGACUUGAGUUACAAUGCCAUCAGGGCUAAUUUCAAAGAGUUGUUUCAUGAAAUUCAACAUGUCAAAAAAUUGAAUCUGGCAAGUACUGGUGUCAACAACUGGCCGCAUCUGCCAUUACCAAGUUUGAUUGCUUUAAAUCUAUCGUACAAUGCACUGGAUUGCCGGACGAUUAACGAGAUCCCAGCCAACACAGUAAUUCGCCUUGGACGCAUAAGAAGUCUUGACCUGUCGCGGAAUCGCUUCACCGUUGUUCCAAGCUUCCUGUGGCAAUAUAUGCCUCUACUCAAGCAUUUGGACCUUUCGUUUAAUCCCAUCCGUAGCAUCAACCGUGACAGUUUCGCCGGCUUAGUCAGAGUACAAACACUUAAUCUUCAAUCAGUUGGAGUUCCAGUGCUCGAAAACGUCGACAGCGAUUCGUUGCAUUCGCUUUUCUCUCUGACUCAAAUAAAGAUGCAGACGUGGCCUGGAUCACAUCUUUCCCAGAUAUUGGGCGGAUUGCGUGGUUUGCGGAAACUGGAUAUUGAAGUAAGAGGACCUGUUCUUUCCUCCCAAUUGAACUACAUCGCCACAGUUGACGCAGCACCUAAGUUGAAAGACAUUGAAGUCUCUGGAUCGUUUCUCAAGACAAUAAAUCCAGAUGUUUUCGCUAACACUGGAAUUCACACAUUGCCAGAAUGCAGCAUUUCCUUCAAGCAUACUGCAGUGAGGUAUUUACCUGAGGGGUUUAUAAAUGGCCUAGAAGGAUGCACUGCCCUGACUUUAGAUUUGAGGAGAAACGCCUUGCAAACUAUCGGCUUGCAAUCUAUUAAGACUAAUAAUUCGCUUUCGGCGACGUCCACCAAACACCUCGCAGGUGGCCUUUGGUUGGAAAGCAACCAACUGACGUGCUCCUGCGAAAACGCUUGGAUUGCAAAAUGGGUGACAAGAUGGAAUUUAGAGACAAAUUCCAUGGGACGUUUAAUAACAAGAUUGCCUGAUGAAAUUCUUUGUCGAGAUCCUGUCAAUCUCAAAUUCAAUAAUCUAUUUGAUCAACCUGUCAGCAUAGAGACAUGUAGUAAUUCAGCAAUCACUACUCUUUGCUUAUCUGUUCGAGAACAAUUUCCUUUUGUAUUUCUCGCUUUGGUAUCCAUUCUGUAUGUUUUGUGAAAAUCGUAGAAAGUUCAGCGUAAAGGAGAACCUUCUGCUACCCGAUUGACACUCAGAAUAUGAACAAUUUCAUCUCCUUUGACGUCUAAACAACAGGCAUGCGUACAUCUUGGUAUAGGUGUUUGAAAUCUAAAAAUCAACUAGGCCGUGAACCUUACCAAGUAUUUUAAUGUACUGUACGUAACAUAUUUACAUUUAACCAAAAGAAGGUUAAUGCAAUAUUAGUAGAAGCAUUCAUUUUUGACAAGCAAAAAUAAUUAUGUGUAUACUCGCAUAUCUGUUUUACAAAAAAUAGCCCAUGGUUUGCGAGUAAGUUUAAAAGACAAAUCUCUAAAGAGGUUAGACUUUUCCACUUUGGGGAGAAAUGGAGGAAUCUAUACUGAAUUUUUUUGCUAAUGUUAUGAGAACACUCAUUUCGGAUUUUGUGAGGUAUUAACUGUAUUUACCAUACUACUAUAAGUAUUUUGGGAUGAUUUAUGUUUAAGCCAAAGCGCAGAUUUGGAGGAUGGGAUCAACAACUGACCAAGCUCAACAAACGGAUUAAGAACAAAUUGUAGAACUAACAAUGCGGAUGUUAUUCGCCUUUUUCAUGGCAGUCAGCGUUGAUAACUGAGCCGUCCACAGGGAAAAGUCAGCAGUCUUAAUUUUCAUUUAGAGUUUGUGGAUUUUUCAGGAUAAUGAACAUUAAUAUUUGCAUUUGCAUUAAGACGAAACCCACUUAAGACAAGAAUUCGAUAAAGUUCAUCAUAGAAAUAAAAAAUCCUCAGCAGAGAUAUAACUAAUGUGACGGAAAAAAUUAUUUCUUAACUUGUUUUUGCUCCAAUUUGGUUGUUAUUUCCCAACAAGAUAACUUGAAUGUCAUGUAUUUAAACUUUCCGCACCCGUUUUUUCCAAAUCUGACUUUUAAUUGAAAAGAAAACAAAGAGAAAAAAAAACUACAAAAAUAACCAAAAAACCAAAACACAUAACACAAAUAAAAAAAAACAAAAGAAAAAAAAACAAACAAAAAACAAACCAAAACAAAAAAACAAACAAAACAAAACAAAAAAAAAAACAAAACAAAAAAAAAAACAAAAAACAAAAACAAACAAAAAAACAAUAAAUCAAAACAAAAAACAAUAGUGUUGUUGGUAUAAUCGUCCACUUAACUCAACUUCUACAACUAUCCAUGCGAUUUAUCUGGUAAUGAUUUCUUGUUUUCUUUAAGCCUCUUGUGUUCUACUGUGUACGUGUAACCUAAGAUAAAAAAAAAACCUAUCUUUAAUGAUCGGAUAGUGUUUUUUUGACAGUCAAUAUCUUCAUAGUUCUUUCUUUGUGAAAAGAAAAGCUGGGAUGUUCUAUUCCCCUUUGCUUAAAAUAAUUUCCGAAAAUAAUGUAUAUGUUGAUACAUUUUACGUUGGUUUGACAAGCCUUUCGUUAUUCUAAGCCUUUAGACUGAGGUCGACAUUGGUAGUUUUUCAGACUUUUUUAUGGUACAUAAAAUAGAAAUUGCAUUACUUAUGCUGGCUAUAGGCAAAUAUUUAUGUGUCACUAACGCCUAAUUUAAUAUUUAUUUUACCUAUUCGCAAAAACGUCGGUCUGGCCUAUUUCAUCUCCGAUUUUAUUUGUUACGAAGGCAACUCGACCAGGAUAAAAUUUAUUUCGAAUUGCUUCGCCAUUUGUAGUUCCGGGAACUGGAUACAUUAAUGUUGUAUAUGUUAGAUGAUCUCUGUGUCUAUGAUUUGCUUGAGCACACAUUUCACUAAUCACUGAACCAUUUUGAUUAUAAAUUAGUAUUCAAUGUCAUAACGGUGCAACCCUGUGAUAUAUUUAUGAAGUGUUGAAGCAUACACUGUACUAACCAUUUCUAUUUUCACACUGUAUAUAAUAGCAAAUAUGAAAUUAUUCGUGCUAUAGAGAAAAUGUAAACAAAUAAAUCAAUAAAAUAUCUCAGUCGUCA